GCCAUAUUCGAUAUAUCUGCCAAAUUCAUAUCGAUUUAUACUCUUCUUAUGUUGUUAUUAAACUGUCAAACUAUUCUGUUAAAAAGGAUUUAAAUCGACAAGUCAGUCAUUGCUUUAUUUUUAGAUUAAUGUUAAAAAAAUACUUGUAUUUUUAUUUGCGUGUUAGAGUGUAUCUAUCAAUUUCUACGCAAUUUGACAAAUAUAUUAAAAACUUCAAAAAGAUAUGUGAUGUUAUAAAACAAAGCGUCGCAACUUUUUUGAAGUCGAUAUGCAGCACAAAUCUUUAAGUGCGUCCAAGAGUGGUAAGUUGAAAAAGAAAAAAAAAGAUAUUUCUCUUCAGUCCAAGAAACAUUCUUUUUCGUCCACAGGUCUCACAAUCAGCGAACGCCGGAAAUCGUUGAUCAAAAUACUGAACCGUCAAAGAUCACCGAUUAUGAUUGGUCGCAAAAUUAAUUUAUCGAAAACAUCUAAUCACGUUCGUCUCCUGGGUGGCGCGGAUGUUUCUGAAGAAUCUAACGCAGAAGAAAUUCUUUCCAAAACAUCACCCUUGCGAACAUCUAUCCAGGAAGUACCAGAUCCACCACCACCACCUCCACCAUCACUUUUGAUUACACCACCACCUUCAUCCAUAAAAGAAUCCGUAGAUUCGUCACCUGUAGAAGAAUCCGCGCGAUCGGAAGCAGAUACAGAUAAGAAGUCUCCUCAAGAAGAACAACCUUUCUCUACGAAUGGCCCAUGUUGCUUCUGUGUUCCACAAUCGCCACGAUCAGUCGGGGACAGGAAGGUAGACGAGAUAAUCGAAUAUGUGCAUCAAAAUCUCGAGGAAGCUGGCAAGGCUCUAGCAACUUUAGGCGAGAACUUCGAGCAUGAUUUAAAGGUUGAGCCUCACAUUCAACUAGAAUGUCAUAAAACUGUCUCGACAUCUCGAGGGCGAAAGAGGCGAGGGUACAAUUGACACCCUUUUUGGUUUACGAAUGAUGAAUAUGAUGAAUAGAUGAUAUUAUCGAUUAUAUGAUUAUCGAUUAUAUGCACAGAAAAACAAAAUUUUUUUCAA